AUGAAUAAAAAUAAUGUAGACUACAAUAACAAAAAUAGUAGUCACGUUAUUGCUCAAAUUGAAAAAGAGAUUAAAGUAGCGUUGGAAGAAAUACCUAAAUAUGAUGAUAUAGAUGUCAUUGAAAUAGAUUUGCCACCCAUUAAUGACAAAAAACAUGAGAAAAUUCUUGAAACUAUUCAUAAUAUUUUCCAAGCUGAAAGGAUCAAUGAUAGACUGUUCAUCAAAUUUGAUGUUAAUGGUAAUGAAUUUCGACCAGAUGUGGGGGGAUGGAAUCAAUGGUCAACUCGUCGGCACCUGUCAUUAAUGUGGCAUUCAAUAGGACUAAGGAUCGUGUCAAUGUCAUUAAACAAGAUUGAAUAUGUUCAGCCAUAUUGUCCAAACACUGAGUUUGUGUUAAUUGUUAUUACUUUUGGAAUAUCACCCUUUCAAGCAAAUCUAAACCCCGGGAUUAUAUCAGUUGCAGUAAUAUCACCAAGAACAGAUCAUCCUUCAAGAGCACCAUAUAUUGGUCAUUGGGCUGUAGGUGCGAUUUUUGAUGCAGUACAAUGGCACAAAAUGCGAUGGAAUGAGCACAUUAUUCUUGGGUGUGGGGGUGCAUCUACUUUAAUGAUAUACUUACUAUCUUGUUGUAAAUAUUUGGCAUCUCAAUUCAAUAACAAUCAGUUUGGGUAUAUUGCAAUAUGA